UAAAAAUUGCAUUACAUGGAAUAUCAUUAUAAAAUAUAUUUAUUUAUAUAUUUUUUUAUCUAUUGUAUAAAUUCAGUCGGGGUGUUGUCAUGGAAGUAUCUCGUUGUGUUUAACUAAAGCACCGACGACGACAAGCUAUUCCAUUGAUUUUUUUGUGGCAUAUAUAAAUUUUUUUUUUUUUUUUUUAGAGGGUGAGUUAUAAGUCACACAUGCGCGGUUAUAAAUUUGGAUAACUCAGUUUUUGUCAUUGAGGGUAAAAAGCAGGACCAAAGAACUUGUGAAACGAGACAAAUUUAAUAAAAUAUACAGUGUUUUUUGUUUAUUUGUUUUUAAUUUUUUUUUAGAUUUUAAAUCUACUCUAAUUGUUUAUUUAAUAAAUAUAAUUAUUUAUUGUAUAUUUAUGUAUAAUUUGUUGUAUUAUUCGUUAUGGUUGGCGCCUCAACUGGAAUUUAACUUGUUGCAUUUUUUUUACUCGUGAUAAUUUAAUUAAAGCACGUGCAAUGACAAGUGCAUUUAAUCUCAUAAUGACAAUAAAUAAUUUUGGAUAUUUUUCUAGUGACUCUUUUAAAUGGUCCUCGAGUGUGAUGUGAUGAUUUUUAUUAAUAGAAUAUUUUAAAUUUGUAUAUUUUCAAAAUACGCGCAAGCAUCCUCAUGAAAUCCACAUAUAAAAUAAGUGCAAUAAUUUUGACGAUAUUCAUAGAUUGAUAAAUUCAAAAAUAAUAAAAAAAAAAAAGAAUAAUAUAAUAUUUAAAAAUACGGAAAUAAUUAUAUUCAAGUGGCUCUAUUAUUUUGUAUUUAUCAUCAGAAGAAUCAUCAGGUUGAUUGCGUGUUUUUAAUCAGUUCAUCUAGGCAAGUUACCCUUGGAAAUAAAAAAAUAAAUCAAUUAAAAUGUAUGGAUUAAUUUUGGAAAAUUUGGCCGAGUAUAUAAGGCAAGUUUAUGGUGAAGAAAAAUGGGAAGAAAUACGUCGACAAGCAUCAGUUGAUCAACCAAGUUUUAGUGUUCAUCAAGUUUAUCCAGAAAAUUUAAUUCCACGUCUUGCUAAAAAAGCAAUGCUUGUUCUUGGUAUAACAGAGAGAGAAUUUUUUGAUCAAAUGGGUGUACAUUUUGUUGGUUUUGUUGGACAAUAUGGAUAUGACAGAGUACUCUCUGUUCUUGGUCGUCAUGUACGUGAUUUUUUAAAUGGCCUUGAUAAUCUUCAUGAAUAUCUUAAAUUUUCUUAUCCUCGAAUGCGAGCACCAUCAUUUAUUUGUGAAAACGAAACACGUCAAGGCCUGACCCUUCAUUAUAGAAGUAAACGUCGUGGUUUUGUUUAUUAUACAAUGGGACAAAUACGUGAAGUUGCACGACAUUUUUAUCACAAAGAAUUACAAAUUGAACUUGUUCGAGAAGAAGUAUUAUUUGAUACUGUUCAUGUUACAUUUCAAUUGACAUUUGAUAAUCGUGCAUUUACAUUUGCAUCAAUGGCAAUGACUAGAGAAGAAAAACACUUGCCAAUUGGUGCAUCAGUAUUAUUUGAAAUAUUUCCAUUUUGCAUUGUUUUUGGAUCAGAUAUGGUAGUAAGAAGUAUUGGAAAUUCAUUAAUGGUUAUACUACCUGAUUUAGUUGGUAAAAAAAUAACUCACUGGUUUGAUUUAGUACGACCAUUGAUUGCAUUUAAAUUUCAAUCUAUAUUAAAUAGAACAAAUAAUAUAUUUGAGCUUGUAUCAGUUGAGCCAGUACUUACUGAACGUCCAGCUGAUAGAAAAAGAAAUGCAGUAAUGCUCAGUGAUGAUAGUAUGACAUCACCAGAUGAUAAAACUCUUCGUUUAAAAGGACAAAUGAUUUACAUGGAUAAUUGGAGAAUGAUGAUGUAUCUUGGUACUCCUGUUAUGCCUGAUUUAAAUGCUCUUAUUGCAACUGGUCUUUACAUUAAUGAUCUUUCUAUGCAUGAUUUUAGCAGAGAUUUAAUGUUGGCUGGUACACAACAAUCUGUUGAAUUAAAACUUGCUCUUGAUCAAGAACAAUUGAAAAGUAAAAAAUUAGAAGAAUCAAUGAGAAAAUUAGAUGAAGAAAUGCGACGUACUGAUGAAUUACUUUAUCAAAUGAUACCAAAACAAGUUGCUGAUCGUUUACGUAAUGGUGAAAAUCCAAUUGAUACUUGUGAGAUGUUUGAUAGUGUGUCAAUAUUAUUUUCUGAUGUUGUUACAUUUACUGAAAUAUGUAGUCGUUUAACACCCAUGGAAGUUGUGUCAAUGCUCAAUGGCAUGUACUCACUUUUUGACACUCUCACUGAGAGAAAUCGUGUCUACAAGGUUGAAACAAUUGGUGAUGCAUAUAUGGUUGUAUCAGGUACACCAGCAAAAGAGAUUGAUCAUGCAGAUCGUGUUUGUGAUAUGGCCCUAGACAUGGUUGAGGCAAUUACAGACUUGACUGAUCGUUCAACUGGUAAUCAUUUGCAAAUACGAGUUGGUAUACAUAGUGGUGCUGUUGUUGCUGGUAUUGUUGGAUUAAAAAUGCCACGUUAUUGUUUAUUUGGUGAUUCAGUUAACACUGCAUCAAGAAUGGAGGCAACAAGUGAAGCAAUGCAAAUUCAUAUAUCAGAAUCAACUAAAGAAUUAUUAUCACCAUCUUACAAAGUUAAAGAACGUGGUGAAAUACAAGUCAAAGGAAAAGGAUCCAUGAAAACAUAUUGGUUGGAAAAAAGAUCAUCAAGAUCAUAUGUUACAAAAAAUAUAUCAAUACAAGAUCCACCACAUUGGAUAAGUCAAUCAGCUGGAAUUCGACAUAGAUCAUUUUCAAAACAAGGUGCUACUGUUACAAAUUUAUCAUCUGUUAAUAAAUUACCUGAUAAAAAUACUGAUGAAAUAGAUAAAUUAUCAGUAUCAAGAACAUCAACACCAACACCAUUUAGUUCACCAUGCUUAGCUCAAGAUGAACGAAGAGUUUAUACACCAAUAACAAUACAAGAUUUUUCAAGAAGAUCUGUUGGUAGUUCGCCAAUUAAACAACCUGAUGACAGAGAAUACCGAUCAAAUUCAACGGGUGAAGUAUCAUCAAAAAUUUGUAAUCCAGCAGUUAUAUUUGGCUCACUUUUAAGUGACACUGAGGAACAUUUUCGUUUGCAUCGUGAUAGUACGUCUUCCAGGGAUCAUGAAUCCCCAACAGUUCAUAUCAAACCUGAUAUUAAACAUAAUGUAACAAAUGUUUUAUCAGAAAAUAAUAAAGUCAAUAAAUCUUUUCAUGAUACAAAUCCAAUAAAUUUAGCAGCAUUUUGUCCAGUAGCUAUGGAUGAUGGUGGAUCAAUUGACAAUUCACAGUUACUUGUUAGACAUGAUCAAUGCUGUCCUGGUUUUGUAAUAUCAAAAGGUGGUAAACCCAGAAAUCAUCCUACCAAUUGUAGUAUUUGUUGAAUUUAACAAUGAUAAUAAUAAAAAUAAAUAUAUAAAUAUAAAUAAAUCUACAAAGAACAAUUUGUAUGAUAUAAAAUUUGUGUUAUAACUUAUAAAAUACUGACUUGUAUUAACUAUAUGACAAUAAAUGUUGAUUAAAAUUUAUUUAAUAA